AUGGCUUCUUGCAGGAAGGCAAUCGGUUUGCUCGAUACGUACUAUCGCAUGGACCCACGUUUUGAAUGCCAGCCUACUGGUACUGAAGAGCAGGCCCCAAAAUCAUAUCCGGGAAUUACUGUCACGAUAGCAGAUUGCGUUCUGUUCUCUCUGUUACAAUUCGCCUACGUCGUAUAUGGUGUCGAGCUAUUUGCUGAAUUUCCCCAUGUGGAAGAAUUUUAUCGGUGGUUUGAGAUGAGGGAUAGUGCACGAUUGGAAGGAAUGUUGGAAGAUGAGAAUGUCAAACUUCUGGCUAGUCAUUGGAUCAAAGAGAGAUCUUCUUGGGCUGGAAGAGCAUGGGAAAGUUUGAGAGUGUUCAGCACGUAUUUGGCGUUUAUGGGGCGUUCAAUUGCUAAGGUUUUAUUUGGCAAGAAGCAGAAAUAA